AUGUCCUCUGCUCCCAAACCUCCAGCCGGUCACUUCAAUGUCUUAUACUUUGCCAGUGCCAGUUCCUUCACAGGCAAAGACUACGAGGCCUUGCCUGCCGCUAUGCAGCUCAGCAAGCUCUUUGUCGAGCUCGAGUCUAGAUACCCUGGCAUCAAGGCUAAGAUUCUCGACUCUUGCCUUGUCACCGUCAACCUUGAUUAUGUAGACUCGCCCAGUGAGGAGGGUGCUAAAGACACGGUGAUCCAGGAAGCAGACGAAGUGGCCAUUAUCCCUCCCGUCAGCUCCGGUUAA